AUGCUCUACGCAGACCGUCAGCGGACCCUGCAGGAGUGGGGAUUCAACUGCACAUGUUCGCUCUGCAGCUCCGCCUCCGCCGUGGCCGCCUCCGACGCCCGCCGCGGACGGGUGCAGGAGAUCGUGUCGGCGCUCAACAACAAAGUCUUCCGCUCGUCGCCGGCGCGCAUGGCGGAGCUUGCGGAGGAACUGGACGGCAUUUUGAAGGAAGAGGGGCUGUCGGCGCAGAAGGGCGACUUUUACGACAUACUCGCGCGGGCUUAUGUAGACAUGGGCGAGGUCGAAACGGGCAGGAGGUAUGCGCGGUUGGCGGUGGAGAAGCUGGUGCACUUUGCGGGGUACGACGACGAGAGGACGGAGAGGGCGAGGGGUCUUUUGGGGGAGUUGGGGAAAGUUGGGGGAGCGUAG